GCAGUGGGCAGCCCUUGUCGAUGGCCUGGCAACAGCUUGUCCUGCAGGCUGGAGUGAGAAGCAGCAGCCAGGCCCCCCUGGCACUGAGGUCCAAGAUGUGCACCCCCUGUGCCACCCUCUAGCAGCCCAAGCCUGGCCAGGGGGUAGUGGCUCUUCUCGGAGAGGAUUAAAUAUAUGCAAAUGUAUGCAUACCUACUAAGGGGUUCGUACUCCUGGCAGUGUCCUGGACAACCUGGUCCCCUCCUGUCAGUCCUGCUCCCUGCAUUCCCUGUUCCCUGUGCUUUGUAGCCAUGGGGCCUUGCUGCUCCCCCGCUUCCCCGGCUGAGCAGAGAGCUGACUGCCAGCCACACUUUUGCUCCCACAGUUGCCAAGUGCAGAUGGGGCGGCCGAGGCCCCAGCAGGGACAUGCUGUCCCUGAACCUCUGCUCCAGAACCGCCCCAGCUCCCCAGUACCCUCAGAGAAGAGCCAGGCCACCCUGCCCAGCCGCAUACCAGUGUGUCCCCACCCCAGGCCUCAGUUUACUUCUCUUUCCCAAGGAACAGCAUCCUUCCUUCCUGGCCAGGUCCCUGACAGGCAUACUACUUGCAUUCUAGGACUGAGAAGGCGGCAGCCAAGGCUGUCGCCCCAGAGGGGUGACAUGUGACUGAAAGCCCUUCCCUGUGGAUGCCUGAAAUCCCCCGUUAGCAGUUUGUGCAGUUCUGGGUAGUCCUUUCUCCUCUGUCAGGCCUCAGUUUCUCUUUUUCAUAAAAUCACAUAUUGUCCUCCGAAGCCCUGCUUCUGGGGGAGGGGACACAUUCUGUGACCUCUUCCUCUGUCACCAGAGCCUGAGGGAUGCUCCCAGCAGGUUGGUGCAGGCUUCUCCUGCGACCCCUGAAGAGGCUGCAGGGGCCCAGAACCUUAGCACUGUGUGUAUUUGGGGGGACAUGCAUUCCUUUAGGACAGGACCCCAACCUGGGGAGACUUCACACCCAAGGCCCUCGGGAGGUAGGCCCCGAGGGCAACCCUGGGCACCUUGCCUUGCAUGCUCCUGGGCCCGGGGACGGAAAGGUGGCCCUGGGAGCCUUGCCUUGCAUGUUCCGGUCCCAGGGACGGGAGCAGAGCAGGGCUCUCUGGUGCCAGGCAGAUGCAGGUUGAGCUGCUGGCCUUUCCUGGGCCUCAGCUCCCUGUCUGUGCAGGCCUCAGGGGCCUGGGGCCCAGGCGGGGACCCAUCCCACAAGGCACGGGCCUGGGCCCUGGAGCAGGACCUGUCCUCCUGCUGACCCGGCCCUGGCUGCCCGGGAAUGUGCUCCCCCGCGCCCGCCCACUGCAGCUUGGGUUUCAGCUCCUACCCGUCCUGGCCAGACACUGAUCCUGGGAUGUUGGCAUGGUGGGGGGGACCCAGGUGGUCAGAGGCCUGGGGUCCCCAUGCCACUCAGCAUAGCAGGGGUCCAGCCCAGCUGUGCUGUGGGCUGGCCUGUCCUCUCUGAGCCUCAGUUUCCCCACUGGUGAAUCUGGCCAGUAGGCCUGUGGGCUUUAGAAGAGCCUCUCUCCAGCACCAUCUUGCCUGUGGGGAUGUUGGCAAGGGGGGCUGAGAGCUGAGGGCCAAGGCCGGGGAGACCCGGGGGUGUGUGGGGAGGGGACACCAGGGUUCCCAUCAAGGAUCAGCUGGGCCCACAUUGGCCUGAAUCUACCCUCUCUGGGCUCUCUGAUAUGACACCCAGGGCCUCAGUGAGGGGUACCAGCCACUGGCCCGAGUGAGGUAGGGCCAGGCCCUGCCCACUCAGCACCCCAAGAGUAUCUGGGCCGGAAGGGGCAAGGGUAUUUUGGUGUUCUGAGUGCGCAGGGCAUUCUGGGAGUUGGGUAUUUCUGUCCUGCGAGGGCGUCUAGCUGGCCUUGGGGAUGGCUGGAGCCUGGGUGUGGCCACAGGGAGUCGGUGAACAAUGCUGAAAUUGCCACCCCCUGCACUCAAGGUUUCUGGGGUGGGCAGGGAGGAGGCACAGGAAAGAGCCAUCCUUUAGGGAGGGCACAGGCAGGGGUGAUGAGUGACGUCAGGAGAGCGUCCUGUGGGUGCUUGGGCCUCCAGGAGCUGUGGCAGCUGGGCUUACAGCUUAGACAGGGCUGCCCAAGUCUGCGCCGCUGGGCCCAAGGCCUUAUCCACUAGAUCAGCCCGAGGAGGACCUGGGGUGGGGACCAGCCCCUUGGCUUUCAGAGGCAAGAAUGUGCUGCUGUCCUCACCAGCCGGGGCUGAGACAGGCCCUGGGGCAGGGGAAGAAGGCCCUCCUGGCAUCCAGGCCAGCAUGAGCGUCCUUGCCCCAGGGCUGCUGAGCACGGGGUCCUCCCACCAACACCUGCCCCCUUGCCCAGGAGCAGAGCCCGGGCAGCCAGGCCUCUUUGGCCAUGAUGCCGGAGGCACCUGAGGUGCUGGAGGAGACAGUGACGGUGGAGGAGGACCCUGGCACCCCCACCUCCCAUGUGUCCAUCGUCACAUCGGAAGAUGGCACCACUCGUCGCACUGAGACCAAGGUCACCAAGACAGUCAAGACGGUGACCACUCGAACAGUGCGCCAGGUGCCCGUGGGCCCCGAUGGCCUCCCCCUGCUGGACGGUGGCCACCCACUGGGCCCCUUCACCGAUGGCCCCCUGGACCGACACUUCCUGCUGCGCGGGGGUGGCCCGGCGGCCACACUCUCCCGCACCUGCCUUGGCAGCGGAGGCGGCUUUCCUGACGAGCCCCGCGACGUCCCCAGCUAUGGCAGCCUGUCCCGCGGGCUGGGUGUGCGGCCUCCGCGCGGAGGCCCCCUGGGCCCAGGCCCUGGUGAUGGCUGCUUCACGCUGCCCAGCCGCCGGGAGGCCUUCCCCGCGGGCCCUGAGCCUGGUCCACCAGCUGGCCGCUCCCAGCCCGAGCGGUUCCAGGCAGAGCCAUAUGGCUUGGAGGACGACACUCGCAGCCUGGCUGCUGAGGACGAGGGGGGCCCGGAGCUGGAGCCUGACUGUGGCACAGCCGCACGGAGGAGGCCAGACUGUGGGCGGGGCCUGCGCACCAGGGCCUACGAGGACGUGGCGGACGAUGGCGGUGAGCUGAUGGAGGAGCGGCCCCCCUUCCCAGCCACGACGGCGCCCCUGGCCCAGCCGGAACAUGGCAGCCUGGGCAGCCUGGACCGGGCAGUGCGGCGCUCACCCUCGGUGGACAGUGCCCGCAAGGAGCCGCGCUGGCGGGACCCCGAGCUGCCCGAGGUGCUGGCCAUGCUGCGGCACCCCGUGGACCCCGUGAAGGCCAACGCGGCCGCCUACCUGCAGCACCUGUGCUUUGAGAACGAGGGUGUCAAGCGCCGCGUGCGGCAGCUGCGGGGGCUGCCGCUGCUUGUGGCCCUGCUGGACCACCCGCGGGCGGAGGUGCGGCGCCGGGCCUGUGGGGCACUGCGGAACCUCUCGUAUGGCAGGGAUGCUGACAACAAGGCCGCCAUCCGGGACUGCGGCGGUGUGCCUGCCCUGGUGCGCCUGCUGCGGGCUGCCCGGGACAGCGAGGUCCGCGAGCUCGUCACAGGCACACUCUGGAACCUGUCGUCCUACGAACCCCUGAAGAUGGUCAUCAUUGACCACGGCCUGCAGACGCUGACCCAUGAGGUCAUUGUGCCACACUCGGGCUGGGAGCCAGAGCCCAACGAAGACUCCAAGCCACGGGAUGCUGAGUGGACGACUGUCUUCAAGAACACAUCAGGCUGCUUGAGGAAUGUGAGCUCAGAUGGUGCAGAGGCCCGGCGGCGACUCCGUGAGUGUGAGGGGCUGGUGGACGCACUCCUGCACGCCCUGCAGUCGGCCGUGGGCAGGAAGGACACGGACAACAAGUCAGUGGAGAACUGCGUGUGCAUCGUGCGGAACCUCUCCUACCACGUGCACAAGGAGGUGCCGGGGGCUGACAGGUACCAGGAGGCCGAGCCCAGGCCCCCGGGCAGUGCCAUGGGUGCCCAGCGCCGGAGGAGGGAGGACGCCGGCUGCUUUGGUGGCAAGAAGGCCAAAGAAGAGUGGUUCCAUGAAGGAAAGAGGGAUGGUGAGAUGGACCGGAACUUUGACACUCUGGACCUACCCAAGCGGACUGAGGCUGCCAAAGGCUUCGAGCUGCUGUACCAGCCCGAGGUAGUGCGUCUCUACCUGUCCCUCCUGACGGAGAGUCGGAACUUCAACACUCUGGAGGCCGCAGCCGGUGCCCUGCAGAACCUCAGUGCUGGCAACUGGGUGUGGGCCACGUACAUCCGCGCCACUGUGCGCAAGGAGCGUGGGCUGCCGGUGCUGGUGGAGCUGCUGCAGUCGGAGACCGACAAGGUGGUGCGCGCCGUCGCCAUCGCCCUGCGCAACCUCUCGCUGGACCGGCGCAACAAGGACCUCAUCGGGAGCUACGCCAUGGCCGAGCUCGUGCGAAAUGUGCGCAGCGCGCAGGCACCCACACGGCCCGGGGCCUGUCUGGAGGAGGACACAGUGGUGGCCGUGCUCAACACCAUCCACGAGAUCGUGUCUGACAGCCUGGACAACGCGCGCUCGCUGCUGCAGGCCCGCGGCGUGCCUGCGCUGGUGGCACUUGGCGCCUCCAGCCAAUCGGUGCGCGAGGCGAAGGCCGCAUCCCAUGUGCUGCAGACGGUGUGGAGUUACAAGGAGCUACGUGGUGCUCUGCAGAGGGACGGCUGGACCAAGGCGCGCUUCCAGUCGGGUUCUGCUAAUGCCAAGGGCCCCAAGGCACCACCGAGUCCCGGAGGCUUGGACGAUAGCACACUGCCACUGGUGGAUAAGAGCCUGGACGGCGAGAAGGCAGGCAGCCGGGACGUGAUCCCCAUGGAGGCACUUGGCCCAGAUGGAUACUCCGCCGUUGACCGGAGGGAGUGCAGGGCUCGAGGCAGUGACCCUGCAGGGGAGGCCUCUGAGAAGGAAUCGUUGAAACCCGACCCCGGCAGGAAGGUUCCUCCUCCCGGGCCCAGCAGACCCGCGGUCAGGCUGGUGGACGCCGUGGGGGAUGCUAAGCCUCAGCCUGUUGACUCCUGGGUCUAGCUUGCAUGCCUGGGCCUGGGCCCAGCCGUUUGCUCUUAGGGUCGGAUCUCGGAAGAAGGGACCUCGGGGAAAGGACCUCCAGGCGGCCUGCGCAGACCCCGCCGUGGAGCUGGGAGCCCCUGGCGGCGGGGGUAGGCAGCUCCUCUUUCCCUGGAGCUGUGGGUUCUGGACACGCCUGCCCUCCCGCCCUCGCUUCCCCCUUCUAACUCCCAGGCGAGUUAGUUUACUGAUAUGGUGCUGUGUGCCAGUGGGAGCCCGGUGGGGCCCAAGGCCGGGCACCUGGCUUUGCUUUGGGGCUGGCGGGGCCCCUGAGGAGCUGGGUGGGGGUGGGCCCCUGGGGCCCCGCAGCCAGGCAGGGAGGGGGCUCAGUGAAGGGAGUCUGAACCCAAGGGUGGAGGGGCUUCCCUGGGCCCUGAGUGGGAGGCGACCUACAGAGAGGCUUUGGAGGGCCCCGCCCACCCCCGGAUGCCUGGAGCGCCUUCCCUGCUCGGCUCUGGCCCCUGAGUAGCGCCUCUGGGACUGACCUUUGGCAGCAGCAGUGGGGGACUGCUGUUCAGUGCCUGCUGUUUGUGACUUAAAAACAAGAAAAACACUAAUGAAAACGAUUAAAAACAAAACCAAAAUAAGACUAUGGGUAAACAUCUAAAUUUUUGUAAGAAAAAUUAAAAAUUAAAAAAACAACAAAGGAACCUCCUGUCUUCCGAGGCUCAGCUCUCUCCGUGAGCUGCUCCCAUCGUUUGCUGGGUGUCAGAGGUGGCCCUCGGUGUGUGUCUGCUGUGUCCAGCAGGGUUUCAGCUCCGAGUCCCCAGGGUUGUUUUCCCACAUGCGUCCUCUUUCUACACACAAAGAGGAGUGGGCUUGAUCCUGGGUGGUUAGCUGGGUCCUGAGGCCUGGGGUGGAGUCCUGGCCAGUGGCUGGUCUUGGGCACAGGUGGGCCUCAACCAGGAGGGGUGAUCCUGGGGUCUAGGACCCCACCCUCUGCUGGGGCCCAAGGGAGCCUCCGAGGUGGCCAGAGGCCCAACCACUUGGGGGCCUUGGGGCUGGAGCACCAGCUCAGAGCUGGGGGCACCUGUGGAUUUAGGUGGAUGCAAACCAACUCUGCUUCAUCCCUUGCCAGCUGGGCACAUGCAGAAGUGCUGCAGCUGGUCUGAGUCUACUCUCUCUUCCCCAAACAAGGCCGAGUGGGACUGGGGACGGUGCUUCCCCUCAGAGCCACACACGGGCCCCAAAAGGCUGGGCACUGGACAGACCACAUCUGGCACUGCUGUAGGGCCGUGUCCACCUUCCCCAGCACCUGCUUGGUCGGAGAUGGACCUGCAGGCUGGCUGACUGCCUUGUUCCGGUUUCCCAGGUGGGGCUCACCCCAGCCUGCAGACAUCCCCAUGGGGCUGUAACAGGUGCCCUCGGCCUGGCCACGGGAGCAGUACUGAGCAAGGCCGACCUCCGGCACUGCUGCGGCCAGUCUGCAGUGU